CGGAAACAAAACAACACAACCGACAGAACCGGAUGUUGAUCUGCCAAUGAAGAAUCUGAAUCUGAAGAAGUUACAGAAGGCGGUGAAAAUUUUAAGGCUUUGAAAGGACAAAAGGUGAAAGAAAUUAGAAAAGGACAGCGACAGUGUUCGUAAGCAAGCAUGAAUCCCAUUUGACUGUGGUUGUUAACGUCGUUGACGACAGUGUUGGCUGCUGUCAUAGUUUUUGAUUGAAGACGAUAUUGAGAAAAGGACUAUUAAGACCAAGCAGUACAUUGACCAUUCAACAUGCCACGAAAGAAGCCAACCAAUCGGAGAGGUCAGAAGGCCGGCAACAUUGGUGAAGAGGUUCGCAUUGCUGUAAAGCUGCAGCUAAAAAAGUUUCUUGAGGAUCCUUCUGCAACUGAGUGUGAAUUUCCCUCAUCUCUCUUUGCUGAGGAAAGAGCAUACAUUCAUAAUAUGGCCAAGGAAUAUGGGUUGCGGUCCAAAAGCAGAGGCAAAAAUGGAGUUAAUAGAGCUGUAACAGUAUAUAAGAGGGAAGGUUCAAGCAUUGUUCAAGCUGAUCCUGCUUUUGAUCUCUGCCCUAACUCUCGCUUACUUAUUAAAACAUUACUUGUGGAGUGUCCACUCAAUGCCAAAGAGCGACAAGACUUAAUGCCUCAACUUGAACGUGACAGAGAGCGAGCAAUUUUGAAUGCAGAAGUGAAAGAGAUAGGACGAGCUAUGGGCCGAUUGAGUAGUGGUGUACCCCAAGUCCCUUCAGCUAACUACAAUCCUGAAUUACUCCCAUUUAGAAAAAGUCUUCCCAUUUGGGAAAUGCAGGACAAUAUAGUUCGCACCAUUUCAAACAACCAAACAGUUCUCAUUGCUGGCGAAACAGGAUCAGGGAAGACAACUCAAGUUCCACAGUUUAUCUUGGAACAUUGUCAAAACUAUAGGAAACCCUGCCGUAUUGUGUGUACAGAGCCUAGACGUAUUUCAGCUGUAUCUGUGAGUGAAAGAGUUUCUUAUGAAAGAAAUGAAAUAUUAGGGCAAUCAGUUGGCUAUCAGAUACGUCUUGAAAGCAGAGUCUCACCAAAAACAGUAUUAACAUAUUGCACCAAUGGAGUGUUAUUAAGAACAUUAAUGGGUGGUGAUGCUAUACUUUCCACUCUCACUCACAUUAUUGUGGAUGAAGUUCAUGAGCGUGAUCGUUUUUCUGACUUCCUUCUAAUUACCCUUAAAGAUGCUCUUUUGAAAUACAAAAAUUUACGACUCAUCCUAAUGUCUGCAACGAUGGACAUAAGUGUAUUCACCAAAUAUUUUGGUGAUUGCCCUGUGAUUACAGUUCCUGGACGUCAAUUUGAGGUACAGGAAUAUUUUUUGGAGGAUGUUUUGAAAAUAACUGGCUAUUUAAAUAGUGACAUUCCUCAAUUAAAGAAAGAGCUAGGUCAAAACAACAUUCAAAGAACAGAAUUUGAAAACUGGACUCGUGCUGCUAGCAGCAACCAAGAAAUUAAAGAGGACUAUGAUUCAAAGCCUGAUCUUUCUCUGGAGUCCUCAACUUCCGAGGAGCAAAAAGAGGCAUUAGAUCCUUGGAUGAUAGAGCAAAUGGAUAAUUGCAUCGAUGAAGUAUGGAAAAAUGGUGCGGAAGAAUCGUUUCCCCAAAUUCUUUAUUUCAUUCAAACAGAAAAUGUUCCUGUUGACUAUCAGCACUCAACACAUUUGGCAACUCCUCUUAUGGUAGCUGCUGGUCGAGGUGAAAUGGACAUGACCACACAUUUACUAAAACUUAAAGCAAGCACAAGUAUAAAGUCAGGCAAUGGUUGGACCGCCCUUGACUGGGCCAUGAAUAACGGUCACCAUCAAAUAGCACAACUUCUUAAAGACUCCAGUAGUGUAAAUGAAACCAUGCCCGAAAUGCCACUGGAUGUGUUUAAUGCAAAAUCUCAAGAACUUGCUAUUAGAGAUCAUCAGUUACUUGAAAUGUAUCAUCACAGCUUCAACGAUGAUGAGAUAGAUAUUAAGCUGUGCCUUGCUCUGAUCUACCACUUGCAUUGUCGGUCUGAUAAAGGAGCUAUCUUGGUAUUUUUACCGGGCUAUGAUGUCAUCACAACAUUGCGAGAUCGAAUCAAUGAUGAAAGAGACAAAUUUUCUCAGGCGAGCAAGUUUUCUUUGUACACACUUCACUCAAAUAUGCAGACUAGUGAUCAAAAGAGAGUAUUCCUACCUGCUCCAGCCAAUACAAGAAAAAUUAUACUGUCCACAAAUAUUGCUGAAACCAGUGUUACAAUUGAUGAUGUAGUUUAUGUGAUAGACUCGGGAAAAGUGAAAGAGAAAUCGUUUGAUGCCAUCUCAGGUGUUAGUUCUUUAAGAAAUGAAUGGAUAUCACAGGCAUGUGCUAAACAGCGCAAAGGGCGUGCUGGAAGAACUCGUCCUGGGCUUUGCUAUCACAUGUUUUCCAAAAUACGGUACCGAUCCCUACAACAUCAUCAAACUCCUGAAAUUCUGAGACUACCGUUACAGGAACUAUGCCUACACACAAAACUUUUAGCUCCACCAAAUACAGCAAUUGCAGAUUUUCUUGCCAAAGCCAUGGAACCACCACCAUUUCUAGUGACCAGAAAUGCUGUUCAUCUGUUAAAGACUAUUGAUGCCCUUGAUCCAUGGGAAGAUUUAACUGAAUUGGGACAUCAUCUUCUGGAUUUGCCCAUCGAACCUCGUCUUGGAAAGAUGUUGUUAAAUGCAAUUCUAUUGAAGUGUUUAGAUCCAGUUCUAACAAUUGUCUGUACCUUAGCUUACAAGGAUCCAUUUGUUCUUCCAACCAACCCAAGUCUCAGAAGUGCUGCCCGGUUGUCUCGUAGACAUUUUUCUGCUGGAACAUUCAGUGAUCACAUGGCUAUGUUAAGAGCCUUCCAGGCAUGGCAGUCAUCCCGUUCCAGUGGCCGCGAAGUAUCAUUUUGUCAGAAAAAUUAUAUCUCGUCAGCUACAAUGGAGCAAGUAAUGAGCUUGAGGGCUCAGUUGCUUGGUCAAUUACGUGCUUCUGGUUUUGUUAGAGCCAAAGGAGGGGGUGAUAUCAGGGAUUUGAACACCAAUGCCGAAAACUGGGCUGUUGUGAAAGCUGCUCUCACAGCUGGUUUCUAUCCAAAUAUAGCUCGCGUUGACAGAGAGGCUAUGCAAUUGCGAACUAUGAAAGAAGCCCUUGUGGUAGUACAUCCAUCCUCUACAUUACGAGAUUUAGAUCCAAGAGAGGGAAAAGUCUCUGAAAAACUUCCUACAGACUGGAUUGUGUAUGAAGAAAUGAAUCGAACUGGGAAGUUGUGUCAGAUCCGUAUGUGUACCAUUAUUUCUCCAAUCACAAUUGCUCUCUUCGCUGGACCUUUGCGACUUCCAUCAGAUGCCUUAUCAUCCAGUGAGUUGGAAGGAAGCAUUAAUCAAUAUCAAAGUGAUUCAGAAUGGGAGGAACACAAUGACUAUGAUAGCAUGUUAAAACUUGAUGAAUGGAUUAAUUUCUGUGUUGACUCGGAAGCUGCCCAUCUUGCUUUCCAAUUGCGUCAAAAGUGGAGUGCAACUUUCCUUCGUCGAAUGCGAAAUCCUUCAAAAAACUGGAAUCCUGCAGAUGAUGCUGUAAUUCAAGCUGUUGUUCAAAUUCUCUCAUCUGAGGAAAAGAAAAUAGGCCUACAGCAACCUGAUGGCAUAGGACAACGCCCAAGACCUGUUAACAUUGACUUUCAGUCUUCUGUAGGUGGAAGGCGGCAAGACACAAAUGAUACUGACUCUGUUUCAUCUGAAAAUUCAAAUCACAGUCAGCGCUUUUUUCAAAAUUCCAGACGAAUGAAUAGGAAAUAUGGUUCAGAAAGUGGUCAUAGUUCUAGUUCGGCAGAUGAUUCAAUGAUACAGCAAGACUUUUCCUUUCCGGAGGUGGAAUCCUCUAAAAAAGGGGCUCGGUACUUUAUUAUCAAAGCAGGUAAUCCCAGAGCCAUUAAUGCCUCUUUAAGAGAAAAUGUGUGGGCUUUUACAGCGACCACUGAAAAUAAAUUGAUAACAGUGUUUCGGGAGGGAUUUGCAGUUAUGUUAAUUUUCAGCAUUCAUGGAAGUGGAAAUUUCCAAGGAGUUGCAAGCCUGGUUAGUGAUGUUAGUGAUGUAAGAGAUAGUGGUAAAGUUCAUGUGCAAGAUAUGGCAGGCCCCAAUCUUUGUUCACCUUUACCAAUAAAGUGGCUGAAGUAUGGUGAUAUUCCUUUCCAUGCCACACGGAAUAUUAUGAAUCCUUACAAUGAGAACCGCAAUAUUCAAACAAGCCGUGAUGGCCAGGAAGUAGAACCACAUGUUGCAUCUCAACUUUGCAAAUUAUGGGAGAAACUUUCUCAUACCAAGCCUGCUCACCGUUUCUCUCAACUGCAGGGAAAUGUGUCAAACCCUACGUCUUCAAAUUCCCAAUCUCCUUCUAAAAGUGGAAGACCUGUUAGGGGUAAUCCUCAAAAUAGUUUUUUGAAUUCUCCUAUUGGGUCUGGACGUCAGUUUGGAAGAUCUGGUAACUUUGGUAGCAACUACCACAAUACCUCUCAAUAGUCAUUUUACUAUUUGUAUGAGUUUCUCAAUUUUCAAAACAAAGGAUCUUUCGUGUUCAAAAAGUUUUUUUAUGCUAAGUUUCCUAUUGUUUUUUUUGUUGUGUAUGAAAUUUAACUAUCUUUUAACUUAUUUUGAUCAUGACUUAAUUGUAUGAAAUAUGCCAUCUUAAUGUUUAUUUAUUCAAAAUGACCUAGUUGGUGGGAGAGAGAGAUAGUUUCCCCACCUGUGUUCCUCAUGUACUUAAGGUGUGUACACACAUGUACAUGUAUAAUGUACAAAUCUCAUCCUUGCACUUAAUGUGAUAUUAGAGAUAAUAGGAUUUGUUAUCUGCUCUCUGAGUUAGGUCUUUUAGAAUUAAUAUUUUUUUAAAUUGUUCAGUGCAUGAUAACUACACAUGCUCGGAGAUUUUUAUUUCUUCCUCUAAAUUGAAGGAAUCCUACGAAUUUUCAUUGUUUUAGUAAUUGGUGUGGAUUUGGAGAUCUGUAUUUCAGUUGCACUACCAUCUAGGUUUGCUUUCAUUCUAUGCAUACAUAUCUCAUUUGUAUAUGAGUUGUUUUUUAAACUGAAAACUGGAUUAGCUAAUUGGCCACAUUUUAUUCUUUUCUCAAAUCAUGCUGAAUGAAUGACUCUGCGAGUCUUGUACUGAGAAAUACUUGUAAUUCACAAGCUGACCUUGUCAUGCAGCCUGUUAGCAUAAUUUAUAUGCCUUUAUACUUCUCCUGAAGGAUAAAUUCCUUGUUAAUUUUUAAGGUCUCUGGUAUUGUUCAAUUUCAUGGCACGUUGCAUGUGAUCUUGAUGUAACACCUUGUUAACUCAUAUGUUGCAGUUAAACAGAGACAGGAGGGUGUUCUUCUCUCUAAAUAAAUUUGAUUGUUUUUUAAUUGUGAUUACACUUUGUACCCAACAAAAUG